AUGGCUAGAGCGCAUUCCAAGAAACGUCGUCUCUUGGGAUUUGCGAAACUGUCCGACCUUGCUUCAAAAAAAAAGAAACAGUCUCCGGGACGGGUUCAGACACGAACAGGGGAUCGCCUCUCCACACCUGAAAUAUCGAGCACGACCUCUCCUGGUAUGCUCGCCAGAAUGAGGAGCUUCCAUCGAUCGAGUCAAAGUCCUUCGACCAACAUCAAGACGGGGCUUGCUGAUGCGGGAACUGGUAGGAGAGCUCAGGAGAAAGAGGAGGAGUCUACAGAGGCAAUUCCAGCUCAGGAUGCUGCCGCCACAAGUACCGGCAGUGAGGAACAAGAGCAAUCGAAGGUAGUCCCGACCAAGAAUUGGUUCUGCUGGGCAGGCUGA